CUUGUUGAUUCUUUAAUCUAUCAGUAAAGUUAACUUUAUCCGCCGCCAAUUGAGUCCAUACCGUUCCCAACUGUUGACUUAGACCAUACGUAUAUAUCCCCGUUGGUCCCUACAUAUAAUUUUCGCCCCUGCUCCCUUUACGUCGGAAAAAUAGAUUCCCCUACCCCUCCCUUAAAUUUUUAACCCAUUUGAAAAACUUACGGUCAAUUGAACAUACCACUUAAUAAAUAAUGUCAUACCACUCUUUUGGAGAUUACACUACCAUUGUCGUCUUUGGUGCUUCGGGUGAUUUAGCCAAGAAGAAGACAUUUCCUGCUCUUUUCGGAUUGUUCAGAGAAGGUCAUUUGCCAAAAACCAUCCAAAUCAUCGGUUACGCCAGAUCCAAGUUGGAAGAUGAUGACUUUAAAGACAGAAUAUCCAAGAACUUUAAAGGAGCGACUGAAGAAACCAAGAAGGAGUUCUUGAGCUUGGUUUCAUACAUUAGUGAUCCUUAUGACACUGAUGAAGGUUACAUCAAGUUGAGAAAGGCAUGUGAAUCCUAUGAAGAAAAGCACGGUGUUAAAAACCCACACAGAUUGUUCUACUUGGCAUUGCCACCUUCUGUUUUCACUGUUGUUUGUAAACAAUUGAAGAAGGAAGUUUAUGCUGGUGAAACUAGAAUUAUUGUUGAAAAGCCAUUCGGUCACGAUUUGGAAAGUGCUAGAGCUUUACAAAGAGAUUUGGCUCCUUUGUUUACCGAAGAAGAAUUGUACAGAAUUGACCAUUACUUGGGUAAGGAAAUGGUUAAGAAUUUGUUGGUUUUAAGAUUUGGUAACACCAUGUUCAGCGGCAUCUGGAACAAGUCCAACAUUGCCUCUAUUCAAAUUUCCUUCAAGGAAGCUUUCGGUACUGAAGGUAGAGGUGGGUACUUUGAUUCCAUCGGUAUUGUGAGAGAUGUCAUGCAAAACCAUUUAUUGCAAGUUUUGACCUUGUUAACCAUGGACAGACCAGUUUCCUUUGACCCAGAAGCUGUUCGUGACGAGAAGGUUAAGAUUUUGAAGGCUAUUGAACCAAUUGACACUGAAGAUUUGUUAUUAGGUCAAUACACCAAGUCUGAAGAUGGUACCAAGCCAGGCUACUUGGAUGACGACACCGUUAAGCCAGAUUCCAAGUGUGUUACUUAUGCUGCUUUGGGUCUUUCCAUCAGCAAUGAACGUUGGGAUGGUGUUCCUAUCGUUUUAAGAGCCGGUAAGGCCCUUGACGAAUCCAAGGUUGAAAUUAGAAUUCAAUUCAAGCCUGUUGCUAAGGGUAUGUUUAAGGAAAUCCAACGUAACGAACUUGUCAUUAGAAUCCAACCAAACGAGGCUAUUUACUUGAAGAUCAACUCCAAGAUCCCAGGUAUCUCCACCGAAACUUCCUUGACUGAAUUGGACUUGACUUAUUCUACAAGAUACUCUAAGGAUUUCUGGAUCCCAGAAGCCUACGAAGCAUUGAUUAGAGAUUGUUACUUGGGUAACCACUCCAAUUUCGUUAGAGAUGACGAAUUGGAUGAAUCUUGGAAGCUCUUCACCCCAUUAUUAAAACACAUUGAAUCUUCAGAGAAUGAUAUCCCAUUGGUUAAGUAUGCUUAUGGUUCCAAGGGUCCAGACCACUUGAGAAAGUACUUGGAAAAGCACAAUUAUGUCUUUGAUGAACCAGGUUCUUACCAAUGGCCAUUGACCUCUCCUUCGGUCAAGGGUAAGAUCUAAUGAACAAUUUGGUUUUUUUAAAUAGUUUUGUUGACGAAAUAGAUAAUGAUUUGUUGUAUAAGCUUGUAGAUUUUAAGUUCCGGGGUUGUUUUGACAG